UCCUUCAUCUCCCUUUUAUGGGCUCACUGCAGACAUUCUUAUUGCAGCUGUCAUUAUAGGGUUAAACAUUUGCUGUAUUGUAACAUACGAAAGCAGUUAAGCUGUUUGGAAUUGUUUACUUGCUAAAACCAGUGUUAGUCAGCAGAGGCAGUACACCAGAUUUCCUUGUGGCUUUUAGUGGAAAAUGUUAAAAGCGCACUCAUUUUUCAGUUACAGAAUUUUUCAGUUUGAUCUGGAUUAGUCACAGAACUGGCAUGAACCUUCUAAUUGUGAAGGCUGUCCAAAUGCACUAUUUUUUUCUCCUGCUAGAGGAAGUUACAUCCCGAGCAGUAGCUCAGAUCUCUGGUAAGUGUAACAUGUGAGCAUUACUAGGCAUUUCAUCCUGCGGUUCUGCAGUCUUUGCUAUUCAGACUGUUGCUCAGUUGGAAUGCUUCUGUGGGGCCGAUCCUGAGGUUCCGUAGAUAUUUUUUAAGGAUCUACUCAUUGGAGGUAUCAGUGGCGUUUUGCAAGAUCAUCUGAGGAACGGAAAGCAUCUGAAAUCUACUGAAAAGGAUAACUGUAGCGGUUUUUAUAGUGGAAGGAAACUAUAUUGGCACAGAGCAGAUGACUGAAUAAAAUAGUUGGCUCAAAGAAGAUGCACAGUCUGCUGUUUUUUUCCUGUGAAUGAAGACUAUUUAAUGGAAGCUGUAUUCAUGUGGAGAUCAAAGGAAACACUGGAAUGAUAAACUACUGGGCUUUUCUCUCUCUCUCUUUUUUUUUUAAAUGAAAAGCCUGAAGCAGUAUUUUGAGCUCAGAUGCCUUCUAAUUCCUUCACAGCCUGCCUGUUCCAUUAGGAUCUUCUGCUAACACUAUUUCUGCCUGGUGCUGUGCCCUUUUGCUGGAGCAGCCACAGACAACUGCCUGAUGGAGAAAGAAUGAACGCUCUGCCUUGCUUGUGCUAUCGGUGGGAAUAAAGCUAUCUGUGUUUCUUCUAUUAUAUGGGAUAUCUGGAUUAAUCAAGCUGUAUUCUAGUACCAAGAGCCCUAUUGUCUCUUGUGGUCUGACUCAUCGCAUGUAAAUGUACUGCAGCUUUGCUAUUAAUGCAGAGUGUUGUUGUUGUUUUUUCUUUCCCAAACACAAAAAAUUGUCAACCUCUGAGCUUCAUUUUAAGAAUUUGUGCUGAGCUGUAGAUUUUUUUUUCUGGAUAGUAUCUGCAAUAACCAGAAGCUGAAGAAAUGAAGACAAGUUAGAAGUGGAAACAGAAUAGUGGGAUUUUUUUUUUUCCAGUUACAAGCAAAACAGCUACUCGUAAUUAUAUGACCUUGCAGACAAGAGUGGGUAUAACUGUAAUCAUCUCUGUCACAGUAAUUGUUUCUCAUUUCAUUUUGUAUUGUGUGGUGUUGUCACCCCAAACAAUGAUCUUUUUAUGCAAGUAAAAUUUCUGUGAGACAGAGAGCAUUAUGACUAUUUUGGUAGGGGAAAAAUAUUUUUAAAUGAGCUUGUACUGGACUUCGUUUUAGUUAUUGACAUGUUGAUGUGAAAUUUCUUUUAAGUAUUACAGUAACCCAGCAAAAGAUAGUAGAGUUUUGUUGUUUUUAGGAAGUUAUGUUAUGUAGUCAUACUUUUAAACCUCAGUUUUUCUGAUAGUACUUAUUAACUUUAAAAAACCAGCUACGCUAUUCAGAGAAUGAUCCUAAGUGUUGUACAGAAGAGGAGGAAAAACUACUUGUGCUCUUCCAACUGUGACUUUUAUCACAUAGCUUGGGAUUUAGUAUUUUAAAAGAGCGAAUGAGUCGAGUGUGUAUUGUUGUUUUGGAGGAGGUAGAAGAUGAAUCUCCUGCAUUCAUUUCUAAAUUGCCACAGGAAAAUAAAUCCCUACAUUCACCACCUUCCGGAAGUGUAUUGCCAUCGCUGGUGCAAGCUAUAUUUAAUGGAGAUCCUGAUGAAGUUCGGGCACUAAUAUUUAAGAAAGAAGAUGUUAACUUUCAGGACAAUGAAAAGAGAACUCCACUGCACGCUGCUGCCUAUCUUGGAGAUGCAGAAAUCAUCGAACUGCUUAUUUUAUCUGGAGCUAGAGUUAAUGCCAAAGACAGCAAAUGGUUGACACCUUUACACAGAGCAGUUGCAUCUUGUAGUGAGGAAGCAGUUCAGGUACUUUUGAAGCAUUCUGCAGAUGUUAAUGCUCGAGACAAAAAUUGGCAAACCCCUUUACACAUAGCUGCUGCUAAUAAAGCUGUAAAGUGUGCUGAAGCUUUGGUACCUCUUCUGAGUAAUGUAAACGUGUCUGAUAGAGCGGGGAGGACUGCAUUACAUCAUGCAGCUUUUAGUGGACAUGGUGAGAUGGUCAAACUACUCUUGUCUAGAGGUGCCAAUAUUAAUGCUUUUGACAAGAAGGAUAGACGGGCUAUUCAUUGGGCAGCAUAUAUGGGUCACAUUGAAGUAGUGAAAUUACUUGUGGCACAUGGAGCUGAAGUGACAUGCAAGGAUAAGAAGUCUUACACACCUCUUCAUGCAGCAGCCUCUAGUGGAAUGAUCAGCGUAGUCAAGUACCUUCUGGAUCUUGGAGUUGAUAUGAAUGAACCAAAUGCCUAUGGAAAUACACCUCUUCAUGUAGCCUGCUAUAAUGGACAAGAUGUUGUAGUAAAUGAACUUAUAGACUGUGGUGCUAAUGUAAAUCAAAAGAAUGAGAAAGGAUUUACCCCUUUGCACUUUGCUGCUGCAUCAACACAUGGAGCGUUGUGUUUAGAGCUUCUAGUGGGCAAUGGGGCUGACGUCAAUAUGAAGAGCAAGGAUGGGAAAACCCCACUGCACAUGACUGCCCUCCAUGGUAGAUUCUCCAGAUCACAAACCAUUAUCCAGAGUGGAGCUGUAAUUGACUGUGAGGAUAAGAAUGGAAACACCCCUUUGCACAUAGCAGCAAGGUACGGCCAUGAGCUGCUAAUCAACACUCUUAUUACAAGUGGUGCUGACACUGCAAAGCGUGGCAUACAUGGAAUGUUCCCCCUCCAUUUGGCAGCCUUAAGUGGUUUUUCAGAUUGCUGCAGAAAACUUCUUUCUUCUGGAUUUGAUAUAGAUACCCCAGAUGAUUUUGGAAGGACCUGUCUACACGCAGCUGCAGCUGGAGGGAAUUUGGAGUGCCUAAACCUUCUGCUGAAUACUGGUGCAGACUUCAACAAAAAGGACAAAUUUGGGAGAUCUCCGCUGCACUAUGCUGCUGCCAACUGCAAUUACCAGUGCCUGUUUGCUCUUGUGGGAUCAGGAGCAAGUGUGAAUGACCUUGAUGAAAGAGGAUGCACACCCCUGCACUAUGCAGCCACAUCAGACACAGAUGGCAAGUGCCUGGAAUACUUAUUGCGAAAUGAUGCAAAUCCAGGGAUCCGUGACAAGCAAGGAUACAAUGCAGUUCAUUAUUCAGCUGCUUAUGGUCACCGUCUUUGUCUUCAGCUGAUUGCAAGUGAAACUCCUUUAGAUGUUUUAAUGGAAACCUCUGGGACAGACAUGCUGAAUGAUUCAGACAAUAGAGCAACAAUAAGCCCUUUACAUUUGGCCGCCUAUCAUGGUCACCAUCAAGCACUAGAAGUGUUGGUACAGUCUUUAUUAGAUCUUGAUGUGAGAAAUAGUAGUGGAAGAACACCCUUAGAUCUUGCAGCAUUUAAGGGCCAUGUUGAAUGUGUGGAUGUACUCAUUAAUCAGGGAGCCUCAAUUUUAGUAAAAGAUUACAUUUUGAAGAGAACACCUAUACAUGCUGCAGCAACAAAUGGUCAUUCAGAGUGCUUGCGGCUACUAAUAGGAAAUGCAGAACCACAGAAUGCAGUAGACAUUCAAGAUGGAAAUGGACAGACUCCUCUGAUGCUGUCUGUUCUCAAUGGGCACACGGACUGUGUUUACUCACUGCUGAACAAAGGAGCAAAUGUAGAUGCCAAAGAUAAAUGGGGAAGGACAGCAUUGCAUAGAGGGGCAGUUACAGGCCAUGAAGAAUGUGUAGAUGCAUUACUUCAACAUGGUGCUAAGUGCUUAUUUCGCGAUAGCAGGGGCCGGACACCUAUACACUUGUCAGCUGCCUGUGGACACAUUGGUGUUCUUGGAGCCCUUUUGCAGUCAGCAGCAUCUGUAGAUGCAAACCCAGCCAUAGCAGACAAUCAUGGAUAUACAGCACUUCACUGGGCCUGCUACAACGGUCAUGAGACAUGUGUAGAACUUCUUUUAGAACAGGAAGUUUUCCAGAAAAUGGAAGGAAAUGCUUUCAGUCCUUUGCAUUGUGCUGUGAUAAAUGACAACGAAGGUGCUGCUGAAAUGUUAAUUGAUACUUUAGGUGCCAGCAUCGUGAAUGCCACAGAUUCAAAAGGAAGAACCCCUCUCCAUGCAGCCGCCUUCACAGACCAUGUAGAGUGUUUACAGCUGCUUCUCAGCCAUAAUGCUCAAGUUAAUUCUAUAGACUCUUCUGGGAAAACACCUCUCAUGAUGGCUGCAGAAAAUGGACAGACAAAUACAGUUGAGAUGCUGGUUAGCAGUGCUAGUGCAGAUCUGACUUUACAAGAUAACAGUAAAAACACCGCCCUCCAUUUGGCUUGCAGCAAGGGUCAUGAAACUAGUGCCUUGUUAAUACUGGAAAAGAUAACAGAUAGAAACCUCAUCAAUGCAACCAAUGCAGCCUUGCAAACACCUCUGCAUGUUGCUGCCCGAAAUGGGUUGACAAUGGUGGUUCAGGAACUUUUGGGGAAAGGAGCAAGUGUGCUUGCAGUAGAUGAAAAUGGCUAUACCCCAGCUUUGGCCUGUGCCCCCAACAAGGAUGUGGCUGAUUGCCUCGCUCUCAUUUUGGCCACCAUGAUGCCUGUCUCGUCAAGUAGCCCUUUAUCAUCCCUGACUUUCAGCGCCAUUAACCGUUACACCAACACCUCAAAAACAGUCAGCUUUGAAGCAUUGCCCAUCAUGAGGAAUGAACCUAGCUCCUAUUGUAGUUUCAACAACAUUGGUGGGGAACAGGAGUACUUAUACACCGAUGUGGACGAGCUCAAUGACUCUGAUUCCGAGACCUACUAAGAGGCCGAGCCAGAGGUCUGAGUGAGGAGUUCGGACACUAACGCUUCUGAUUGUGCUUUUUCAGGAAAAAGGCACUUUCUGAUUCACCUAUAAAUGCAACCUAAGAGGGAAGGUCGCAGAGUGAGCAAAUAAGAGAAAUGUGAUGACGUUAGGAAGAAGAAUUUUAAAGGCAAGUUUUGCAAAAGGAA